AUGCAGAGCACUCGUGCCUCCGGUGCACGCUUCAGGCAGAGGAAACUCUCGACCAAGCAUCCGCUACAGGUUGUCAAGGAGAAUGAGAUAGAGACAUUUGCCAUCGAUGAAGACCCUCAACGCCACAUACCUCAUGUUGAGACUGGUGUGGAAAAGGCAGAAGAGACUGAACACCAUCUUCAAGCUGUCAUCUCCGCCUCUGCCGCUGCUUCACUAGGUGCCAAAGUCAACCAAGUCUUUAUUCCUACACCAGAGACAAAGUCGAGUGGUAUUCCCUAUGAUCAGUUGUAUCCACGACAAUUUGCAGAGCCUGCUACCUACAUUAGGUUCAGUUCAACGGUUGAGGACUGCAUUGGAAAUCAGUACAACAUUGACGAUGAGGAUGACGUCUUCCUGCUAAACUUCAACACAUCAAAGAAGGAUGAUGAGAAGCUAUCAGAAGACAUCUUCGAGGAGUUGAUGAGCUUCUUUGAGCUCAAGUCCGACAAGAACCACCCCUUCGCCAAUAUUUCAAAUGCUCCUAUCUUGACACUCGAGGAAGCUGAAAGCUACUUUGACGACCCAGAGGACGAGACCAACCUUUCUGUAGAAGCCCGAAAAUGGACCAAGGAGGUCUACGACCAUUGGCGGUCCAGAAGAGUGCCAAAUGGCAAUCGCUCUCUCUUGUCCAACCUCAAGUUUGAGACUGGUGCUGACACCGAUGACAACGACGCUUAUGUCUGUUUCAGACGUCGUGAAGUACGACAAGCUCGCAAGACCAGAGGUAGAGAUGCUCAGGUGACCGAGAAGUUGAAGAAGCUGAGGAGAGAGCUUGAGGAUGCCAGACAGCUCUUGAUCUCUGUCAAUCAGCGCGAGCGUUUGAUCAAGGAGAGGAUAGAAACAGAGCGCAAGGUCUUCGAACAGCGCACUGAGUUGAAGAAGGUCAAGGUAGCGCAAGGCAUCAAAGGUGAAAAGGGAGAAGACGAGGAACUCCUUGUCAACCAAAGACCCACGCCCAAGCCCCGACCAGCAAGAGCCGACGGACAAAAACCAACAACACUGCGCCUUCCCGGUACAAGGACAGAAGCAGUCCGUGCCGCACCAGAAAACGACCUCGUGCAGUUGUCAGACAUCCAAGAAGAAGCAGCCGCCGCGGUGCAGAGAUCGGUCGAGGAAAAGAUUGGCCAGCAUCGCAAGUGGAACAAAGACUGGGUCGACAACACCUGGGGACCAAUCACACCACCAGCCGAACCUUCUUCAGCGGGUGGCUAUCUGCCGCGCAUCGAAGAGGUUCAACUUCCGACACCACCUGCAUCUUUGCGUUCAGAGACAUCACAAGAUCAUACCAAGGAUGUCGAGAUGAAAGAUGCAGACGCAGAGAUGCCUACACCGGUCAGUGCUGCACAAGACCAACCACUCCGUACAAUGUUCCGCUUCAACUCGCCACCACCUGAAGCAGGCUACAACAGACCUGCUUACAGGCGACGAUAUGGUCGUAAUGGGCGCUUGUAUAUUGAACAACGCAAGCCACGCAUGUUCGUGCAGAGCAAGGGUGUGAUAGGCGACUCUGACGAUGAGAGUGAUGGUGAGACGGUCGUAUAUCCCAUGGACUGUUAUGACACACUCGGCAUCAGCUAUAGGGCGAGCAUUUUGGCACCGAGAAGGCCAGUGGAGCCGACGGCCGAGCAUAUGGCGCACCUAAGGCGGGCAGGGUCGAGCGGUGAUACGGUGAUGGCCAACGGACAUGGCACAGCAGGUCAUGGAACCAGUCAUGGCCAGGGCGAAGGCGGAAGUUGA